ACUGCGCUCAGUAAGAAGAAGGACCUGCACUAUGACGCUCCUGCUCCUCUUCUUACUAUACUCUCUGUGCAAUGAAGAAGCCGAGCUGCUCCCAUAUCCAGAGAUAACCGUUACUCUGAAAGCAGUCAUUGAAGGUGACUAUGUGACCCUGACAUGUGACGUGACCCUCGCUGCUCCCGGAGACACCACAGGGCUGCAGUAUACUUUCUAUAUAAAUGGGCUGACUCUGCACAACUUCAGUACAUUUACUAAGUACAGAAUACUACCAUGGCAGCCGGUGCAUUCUGAGGAUUAUACCUGUGAGGUGAGAACGCCCAGCGGCAGUGUGCAGAAGAGGAGUGAUGCAUUAAAUAUACAGAGAGAAGCCACGUUUAGUGAUCCAACAAUAAGAGCUAGUCCAUCAUCAGUGACAGAGGGCGAUGAGAUGACUCUGACCUGUGACACAACACGUUCCCCGGUCACAGCUACUACAGAACUACACUUUGCUUUCUACAGAAAUUGGCGGAUAGUGCAGAUAUUCAGUACAUCAGCUACAUACAGAGUUACGUCAGCUAAGCAGGAGGAUUCUGGGAGAUAUCACUGUGAUGUCACAUCUCCCUCCGGCAGACUGAUAAAGAGGAGCAACGGGUUAUAUAUUCAUAUAGCUACGUUUAGUGCUCCACGUAUAAGAGCUAGUCCAUCAUCAGUGACAGAGGGCGAUGAGAUGACUCUGACCUGUGACACAGCACGUUCUCCGGUCACAGCUACUACAGGACUACAGUUUACUUUCUACAGUGUUGAGAAGAAUGUGCAGGCAUUCAGUAUGUCAGCCACCUACAGUUUUACAGUACUUACAUACAGAGUUAUAUCAGCUACAUACAGAGUUACGUCAGCUAAGGCGGAGGAUUCUGGGAUAUAUAGCUGUGCUGUGACAUCUCCCACCGGAAAACUGACAAAGUGGAGCAGCGUGUUAUAUAUUCAUAUAGCCACGUUUAGUGCUCCAACCUUAAGAAGUAGUCCAUUAUCAGUGACAGAGGGCGAUGAGAUGACUCUGACCUGUGACACAAAACAUUCCCCGGUCACAGCUACUACAGGACUACACUUUGCUUUCUACAGAGAUGAGAAGGAAGUGCAGGAAUUCAAUACAUCAGCUACUUACACAGUUACAUCAGCUAAGCAGGAGGAUUCUGGGAGAUAUCGCUGUGAUGUCACAUCUCCCACCAGCAGACUGACAAAGAGGAGCAACGUGUUAUAUAUUCAUAUAGUCUCAUUUACUGAUCCAACAAUAAGAAGUGGUUCAUCCUCAGUGACAGAGGGCAAUGAGAUGACUCUGACCUGUGACACAACAUGUUCCCCGGUCACAGCUACUACAGGACUACACUUUGCUUUCUACAGAGAUGAGCAGAUAGUGCAGGACUUCAAUACAUCAGCUACAUACAGAGUUACGUCAGCCGAGGAGGAGGAUUCUGGGAGAUAUCGCUGUGAUGUCACAUUUCCCACCGGCAGACUGACAAAGAAGAGCGACGUGUUAUCUAUUCAUAUAGAGAAAGGAUUCCCGCUGCCUAUGGUUCUGGGGGCUGUAAUGGGAGCUGUGGUGCUGAUCAUCCUCAUCUCCGUCCUCCUUGUCUGGAAAUGUAGAAAAAACAAAGCUUCACGGAACACAACGGCAGACACCAAAGAUGACACAAGCCCCUCGCUGGAGGAAAACGUCUCUUGCACCUACUUGGAUUUGAGACGCUUACCUACAGGUGACAGCACCCCCUCACAGGUAGAAGACGUCUGUUACAGCAACAUUGGUGUAAAACACUUACCUAAAGGUGACAGAACCCCCUCACAGGUAGAAGACGUCUGUUACAGCAACAUUGGUGUAAAACACUUACCUAAAGCUCCUGCCAGUAAAAAUGAGAAUUCAUCUGCACUUUAUGCUGAAGUAAAGAAGAAAAUCAGGAGUCCGCUGUCCAGAUGAGGAGACCCCAUCUCUAUAGUAGCUCUUCCCCACUGCCCGCUUCUUGCUGAGUGAGCUGACCCGAAUUAUGACUCUAUACAGACAUCCAAUAAGAAUGCUUCUGCAUCGUGUGCUUGCAAUGCAUUGUGACCCGCAUACAGGAGAUAGGGGGAAUGUGAUGGGGUAACAGCAGACUGUCCAUGUCCCAUUACUUGGAGUGGAGCCCCCCUAUCUUCCACCCACUGUAAUGUUUUCAGCAAUAACUGUACCGGAAUGGCUAUCUGCAUAAAGUGGGUGUUAUAAAAUAUUAUUUUUGCAUUGAAAUUAUAAAUCCAUAGGGCAGGGAUUAUAUUUCUGUUUGACAAAACAGAAUUGAAAUAAAAGUUUAAAAUAUUACUCAUGCCUGUAUACGCUUAUUAUAUAAGGCUCAUGUACAGCACAACUGCCCCUAAUUACUAAAGAGAGACACAAAGAGAAGUCUGCUUAUGAUGCACACUUCUGAUUGGUACAUGAACAUCCAAUCACUAUUCAGAUCAUGUAAAUAAUGAAAUGUCAAUGUGUCUAUUACUGUAUUUAAAACCAGUAAAUACCAGACUAGAAAAGUGGGGAAAGAAAAGAAAGUGUAUUAGA